AUGGCGGGCAAAGAGGACCGAAGACCCCCUAGACGACUUUCCCUGAAAGCCUCGUUCUCUUCUGACAAUCAUUCAAAUUGGAAAGACAAGUUGAGAGAUAGUUGUUACAAGAGGGUGCAAGAGGAUCGAGCUCGCUUGCUUUGGAAAUUGAGGUUACCGGAGUCUAAAGAUAAAUGCUUCAGUGAGAAGGAGUUCAUCAGAACAACUUUUCAGAAUAUAGUUGCUGAUGAGUUUAGAAAAAUUAAAGAUUUAUCAAUGGAUGAACAUUAUGGUGCUCUAAAUUCCACGUCAAAUGUAGAUGAUGCAUUAUGGGAAUACAAUGGUCUUCAAACUGCUUAUCAAGGAGAUUGUGAAGAGAUAUUACUAGAAAUGCAGAGGAUUUUUUACGAGGAUCUUAAAAAAGGACCUACUACAAGAGGCAAAUCAGAACCAGAAACCAAUAUCAGAACUUGGGAAGAUGAAGAAGAUGAGUACUUGGCCUGUGCAGUUUUUGAGCAUAUGAAGUUGAAUGAUCACCAGGUUACUUUGGACGUGUUGAAGACUCGGCUGGCAGAAGCUUAUGCAGAACAUCUUGAUAGAGGUUGCAGACUCAAACCCAAGUUCUGCAUGAAGUCUAGCUUUGAUCUAACAGUUCUGUACAUUGAGUGCCAAGGUUGCGAUACUUUGGAAGUUGUAAUAUAA